AUUAGUGUCAUCAUGAUUCUGCAUCAGAUUCUGCGACUUUCUUCCAUUUUUCGCUCUGCUGUUUCCAUUCACUUGCGCAGAAACAUAGGGCUUUCUGCUAUUGUCUUUAAUAAGACAAAAGAGCUCGAUCCAGUUCAGAAGCUCUUCGUGGACAAGAUCAGAGAAUACAAUACAAAGAGCAAGCAAGCUGGAGGGCCUGUGGAUGCCGGCCCUGAGUUUCAGAAGGACAUGAAUGAAUCCCUUGCUAGACUUCAGCGGGCGUAUGGUGAGGGAGACCUAACCAAGUUUCCAGAAUUUAAAUUUGAGGAGCCCAACUUUGAGGAGACUCCAAAGUGAUCUCUGUAGGUUGUGCAGCAAACAGCAGUGUACAUCAAUGGAGUUGCUGAACAUGGCACCAGUUGUAACUUAAUAAAUGCAGUGUUUCAGUUUGAUUUCAGAA